CAUAUUGAGAGUGCAUGUACUUUGGCUAUUGGGGUAGCCAAAUUUGAAAUCUCACUUGAAUUUUAAGUUUGGAUGGUCCUUAAAUGCACUGAGUGGGUGUGAAUUAAAAAUUAAACUUCACUCCUCCCAUGAUGGUGAUCACAGCAAAGUGCAUAGGUCGUGUUGCGCACAUUUUUAGAGAGCGGACUCUAAAUUAAUUCGCUUUAUCUCUCAAAAGAGGACAUCCGCAAAUCUUGGAUGUAAAUUUACUCUAUUUUUCCCUUAAGGGUCAUGUGUCUUCAUCUGGCUAGGUGACAUACUUUGAAUCCCUUCCUCAUUGGAAGGCAUGCCUAUGUCGUCUGGAAGCUGUUCUUUUCCAAAUCCUUCCCUCAAGUUUAAUCAUGGUUUAUUUUGAAAUUUUUGCAGUGUUAUAUGAUUUUUGUAGGAUGGUUCAAGUGUCUUUCCCCUGUGGACUACCCGAACGAUGCCCCGUGAUUUUGCUUAGACAUGCAUGUGCAGCUUGUGCGCCAUAGCCUUCAGGAUGCGCACAUGAGGUAGCGUGUGCAUGCAUACAGCUUCAGUAAAUAGUUUCUUCGAUUGUCUUUAUAUUGUCUCACUAAAAUCAAUUUGUAAGGCUACACUAAGCAUGUCCUUACCCAGGACUUGUAGCCGAUCGACAGCUAUCUUAUGGUCUCCAAAUGCUCGUUCAACGUCGCCAAUUAGCUAGCUUGUGCCUAUCGACAUCAGCCUUGUCGAUGAUCUAUGGUGCACGGGUUACCUGGCUAUUAUCUUUAAAAUGAUGCAGCUUAAUGUAGCUACAGGGUAAAACAAACGAGACAAAAAUAGGGUAAUGAUGAAAAGUCUGAUAGUCCAGGACCUUCAACUUUUUCCAACUAAGAUCCCUCAAAACUGAAGAAAUGAACCAAGAACAGCAUAUAUAUCUUUAGUUUAUACCCUUUGCUCUGAUUGCAAGAAACGUAUCCCCCAAAUCCAAUGCUUCUGUAUUCUUUUGCUACUUUGGCAUUGUACAAGCAAGGAAUAAAGAGAAAGAGAGACCUGGAUGGUCUUGCGCUAGCUCUAUAUAUCAGAGCUCAAUCAAGUUUUCACAAGGUAUGCCACAAGAAGAUAGAGAAAUCUUGCAACGUAUAGUUGUAUCAAAGCGUCCGUACGUCUAUUCUAAGGCAAGGGCAUCAAUGAGAGGGGGAAACCACUUAGCAAUGAAAAGCUUGGUGCAGCUGUUCAAUGAGUGGGAGAUCCAACUACUAGUGCUUUUUAGCUUCACACUACAGUUCUUUCUCUUCUUUGCCGCCGGCGGCGUAUCAGAAACUGUGUACUGAGGUCAUCAAUCUGGCUAGCUUAUUUGGGAGCAGACUUGGUAGCCGCUUAUGUCCUAGGCCUCAUCACACGACAAGAGGUUUCCACUCAUCACCUGUUUUUUCUCUGGGCGCCCUUUCUCCUCAUACAUCUUGGUGGACAAGACACCAUCACUGCUUUUGCCAUCGAGGACAACAGUCUCUGGCGGAGGCAUUUGUUGAACCUUGUUGUCCAAGUGUCCCUUACCCUGUAUAUCUUUUGGAAGUCAUUCGACGGCGGUCCUAACAUGCAACUUCUUGCUCCUAGCAUCCUUUUGUUUGUCACUGGCACUAUCAAGUAUGGGGAGAGAACAUGGGCUUUGUGGUGUGGCAGCCUGACAAACAUCAGGGACUCGGAUGGUCAUGCUUCUGUUUCGGAAUUGCGCUUUGCUACCUCUUCUGACCCUGUUAUGUUUGCCUUGGUUUCAACAAAUGCUAUGCGUUGUUUUUUUACUGGCCUUAGGUUGCCCACUGACUUUUGGCAUAUAGGUAAUUUACGCCCAGACUUUUCAACCAAGUUAUUCUGGAUCAUGGAGAUUGAACUCAGCGUAAUGUUUGAUGAUAUCUAUACUAAGGCCCUGGUGCUUCGGACGUGGGGUUGCACCAUCCUUCGGUGCAUCUCGCAUCUUUCCUUCCUGGCUGCUUUUGUGCUAUUCUUUUAUGUAGUAAGAAACAAAGAGAGGCGGCAGUACAAUUUUGUUGACACUGCAAUUACCUAUGGUCUGUUUUUCGGUGGUUUCUCUCUUGAAGUUUCCUCAGUAUGUAUCAUCAUGAGGUCACCUGGGACUUGGGCAUGGCUAUGGAAAAAGACUCGGAAUUGUAGCUUCCUUGGCUCCGUUGUUAAAUGGUGUAUACGUACUAGGUGUCCAAGGAAAAGGUGGUCAAACUCCAUGGGUCAGUACAACAUCCUAGACUAUUUGGGGCAGUCAAGGAAACUGGUGAAUAUGUUUUUCAGGACGGGAGAGCAAAAGUUGUGGAUCAGUAAACUGCUGGACACCAAGUUUGUGCAGGUGGAUGAGCAGAUCAUGAGAUGCGUCGUCCGAAGGAUUGCUCAGUAUCGCCAUCGCCAAGAAGGUAGCCCCCAGGCCGGGCAAUUGGAAAAUCUUGGUCCGUUCCUACAGAAGAUUGUGAAGCGGCAUCAUUCCGGUUUUGAUUGUCCCUCCAUUAUCGGGCUCCAUUUAUUCACAGAGAUACUGUUGAGUAGGUAUGUACGCACUGGCACUGCUAUGGACAGUGAGUCUAGCGAUGCUUCGGUCCGUGUAUGCCGGAUGAUAUCCCAGUAUAUGCUUUAUCUUUUGCUCACGCACCCUAAAAUGCUGCCGACCAUCAGCAGCGAUAGCGGAGUAGACCAGUUAGUAGCAUCCCUCUAUGUAAUCUUCGGUGCGGAUAAUGACAUGAUGGUUCAGGCAGUUUCAGCAUUGGCUUUUAUCGAUAUGCCGGAGCCACCGGGGGAGUGCGCAGAGGCGCAUCUGUUGGAGCUCCAAGAGGCAUGGGUAGGUGUGCUCCUCCAUGCGGCCAGCAAGUCGCGGCCGGAGAUGCAUGCCACGCUGCUAGCCAAAGGAGGGGAGCUCCUCACCUUCAUCUGGCUGCUCAUGGCCCACUACGAGCUUGGGGAUGUGCAGGGCCGCCCCAUCGAGAUGACCGCUGAUGCACCUACUGUUCGGCGCCACUACGCCUUCUGUUUUCCACCUCAACCUCAAGCCUCAUAGCUAGAUUCUGCUGAAGCACUCAUACAUUUUCGAGGAUCGAUUGUGCCUGCUUGGUCAAAUAACUGUGCUCCAAUCUGGUUUUAUUAUGCUCUUUACUUUUUUUCCCCUUCUUUUGCCGGCCAAUGGGAUUCAGAGUAUUGUUGUUCAUUCUGUCUGUUGUUACAUAUACAAACAACUACAUUAUCUUCACUGAUUGUCAGCCUGUGCUAGUUAUUUGCACUUUCCUACAAGAAACCACUCGGUGAUUUGUUUCUAUUUUCUGCAGAUGUUGUGUUGCACCAUUCCUGUUAUCCAAAUUUGCAAUCUCAGCGUUGAAUAAA